AUGCUGUUCCACAGUCUGUCGGGCCCCGAGGUGCACGGGGUCAUCGACGAGAUGGACCGCAGGGCCAAGAGCGAGGCUCCCGCCAUCAGCUCCGCCAUCGACCGCGGCGACACGGAGACGACCAUGCCGUCCAUCAGCAGUGACCGCGCUGCGCUGUGCGCCGGCUGCGGGGGCAAGAUCUCCGACCGCUACUACCUGCUGGCGGUGGACAAGCAGUGGCACAUGCGCUGCCUCAAGUGCUGCGAGUGCAAGCUCAACCUGGAGUCGGAGCUCACCUGUUUCAGCAAGGAUGGAAGCAUCUACUGCAAGGAAGACUACUACAGGCGGUUCUCUGUUCAGCGCUGCGCCCGCUGCCAUUUGGGCAUCUCGGCUUCGGAGAUGGUGAUGCGAGCUCGGGACUUGGUUUAUCACCUCAACUGCUUCACGUGCACCACGUGUAACAAGAUGCUGACCACGGGUGACCACUUCGGCAUGAAGGACAGCCUGGUCUACUGCCGCUUGCACUUCGAGGCGCUGCUGCAGGGAGAGUACCCCGCGCACUUCAACCACGCCGACGUGGCGGCUGCAGCGGCGGCAGCUGCCGCGGCCAAGAGCGCGGGGCUGGGUGCAGCCGGGGCCAACCCUCUGGGUCUUCCCUACUACAAUGGCGUGGGCACGGUGCAGAAGGGGCGGCCGAGGAAGCGCAAGAGCCCCGGGCCCGGGGCGGAUCUGGCGGCCUACAACGCUGCACUGAGCUGCAACGAGAACGACGCAGAGCACCUGGACCGCGACCAGCCGUACCCGAGCAGCCAGAAGACGAAGCGCAUGCGCACCUCCUUCAAGCACCACCAGCUUCGGACCAUGAAGUCUUACUUUGCCAUUAACCACAACCCCGACGCUAAGGACUUGAAGCAGCUAGCGCAAAAGACGGGCCUCACCAAGCGAGUCCUCCAGGUCUGGUUUCAGAACGCCCGGGCCAAGUUCAGGCGCAACCUCUUACGGCAGGAAAACACGGGCGUGGACAAGUCAACCGAGGCAGCGCUGCAGACGGGGACGCCGUCGGGGCCGGCCUCGGAGCUGUCCAACGCCUCGCUCAGCCCCUCCAGCACGCCCACCACCCUCACAGACUUGACUAGCCCCACCCUGCCGACUGUGACGUCCGUCUUAACUUCUGUGCCUGGCAACCUGGAGGGCCACGAGCCUCACAGCCCCUCGCAAACGACUCUUACCAACCUUUUCUAAUGACUCUUGGUCCCCCGCCCCUGCCCCACAAUUUCUUUAAAAAAGAAAUUAUCUUUAGUUGAAUUCCAAGUGUAUUUUAAAAUAGAGGCUUUGAGCAACUAACUAACCACAUUUUAGGAUCUCGCCUGGAAACUGAGGAAGAAAAUAAUUGUGCCCCCCCCCGGCUGAUGCAGCGGUGUGGACUGGAAUUACUUGGAAGAUCUAUCUGCAACACAACAUUUGUGUCACUGUACAGUUUUGUGGACUGAGCGAGGAAAAACAACAAAUAAUUUAAGUUGGCUAGAGCUUCUGUAUUUUCAAAGACUGCCACGUGCCUUAGGAAU